AUGGUACAAUCUGAUGUUCCACGAGGUAGAACAAAAUCAGGUAAAAUAAAUGCUCGAUGGUAUUUACAAAAAUUAAGAGCAUCGGCUGCUAAUCGUAAUAAUUAUAUUAAUAAUUAUAUUGAUUAUGAUAAUUAUACUAAUAAAACAAAUAAAAAUGAUACAAUAAGAGUUGUACGUGGAAGUACUGCAACACAAGGUCAACAUAUUCCAAGAAUUUUUCUUAAAUCGCCAACUAAAUCAUUUGAAGAUGAAUCAAUUAAACAGAAAUUGUCAAAUAAUCGUCGUUCAAGUUCAAAUAAAAUAGCUUCAGCUACAUCUGUUAAAUCUACAUCAACAAUAAAUAAAAUAUCUUCUUCAUUAAAUGAAUUUAAUUCAAAUAGUUAUCAAUCAGUAACAACAACUAUUCAAAAAGAUGAUAAAGAUUAUUUAUCUGAACGUCGAACAUCAUCAGGUACACUUUUAUCUCUAAAAGCUGAUUUAAUAGUUCGUCCACCAAGUACACCUGUUGAUCAAAGAUGUCAUAGAGCUUAUUCAUCAACAACAAAUCCUAUUGAUCGUGAAACAUGUGCACUACUUGGACCACAAUUAUGUUCAGAUUGUAUUGAAAUUAAAACACGAGCAAAUUUAUCACCAGAACGUCUACCAGCUAAUUUAAUGCAACAACGUUUAUCAGCAUUAGCUUUAAGACGUUUUAUUAAAAAUGAAGAAAAUGUAAGUGAUGAUGAUUUAUUAAAAAUGGUUAAUAAUCAACAAAUUCAAAUAACAAAUAAAAAUUCAAAUUCAAAUUCAAAUGAAUUUAAUUCAUCAAUUAUAUCUGAUGAUGAAUAUUUUGAUCGUUUAUCAUCAUCACUUAGUCAAAAUGCUGGUGAAAGACCAUUUUAUUUUAAAAAUUUAAAAGAUUUUUCUCAAAAAUAUCAAUCAAAUAAAUAUAAACGUUUAUUAUUAAGUGAAACUCCUGCUCCUCAAUCAUCUAAUCCUGUAUUUAAACAAAGUUCAUUUGAAAAAUUUGAUACAUCAUCAAAAUAUUCAUAUAUGAAAAAAGGUUCAACUAUAAAACCAAAUUUAAAAUCAAAUGCAUUUAAUUUUUUAUCAACAAGAAAAAAUGAACAAUUUUAUAAUCAAUAUAGAUAUUUAACUAAUUAUUCUCCACCAUUACUUAUACAAACAUUACAAGAAACUGUUAGAAACAAUUCUAAUAGACAUUUAUUAUCAUCGAAUCAAAAUCAAUUUGAAAAAAAAUCAUUUAUUACAUAG